CAACUCACAACAACCCCCAAAAUGCGUCCCCCAACCCUAACCCACCUCCUGCUCACCCUCCUCACCAUCACCACCCCCCACACAACCGCCACAACCAACAACCCCAGCACCCUCCCCACCCCGCCAAUGGGCUUCAACAACUGGUCGCGCUUCAUGUGCGACCUCAACGAAACCCUCUUCGUAACCACCGCAGCCGCCAUGCAAACCACCGGCCUGCAAGCCGCAGGGUACACGCGCCUCAACCUCGACGACUGCUGGAUGGAAACCGCCCGACUUGCCAACAACACCCUAACCUGGAACACAACCAAGUUUCCCCAGGGGAUUCCCUGGCUCGCCACCCACCUGCGCUCCCUGAACUUUUCCUUAGGCAUCUACCAAGACGCCGGCAACGCAACCUGCGGCGGCUACCCGGGCUCCUACGGGCACGAAGCCCUCGACGCCGCCACUUUUGCAGCCUGGGGCAUCGACUACCUCAAACUCGACGGGUGCAACGUCUUCCCCGCAGCGAACCGCACCCUCGAACAGGAAUACCGGGCUCGCUACGCGACCUGGCACAAAAUCCUGACCACCCAAGCAGCCACCCAGGCCCGCAAACCCCUGAUCUUCUCCGAGUCCGCACCCGCCUACUUCGCGGGUACCGGGAAUAAUACCGAGUGGUACAGAGUCAUGGACUGGGUCCCGCGGUACGGCGAGCUGGCGCGCCACUCGACGGAUAUCCUGGUAUAUGCCGGCGCCGGCAGCGCGUGGGAUAGUAUUAUGAAUAACUACGACUAUAACGUGCUGCUGGCCCGGUAUCAGCGGCCGGGGUACUUCAAUGAUCCGGACUUCUUGAUCCCGGAUCAUCCGGGCUUGACGCUGACUGAAAAAAAGAGUCAUUUUGCGUUGUGGGCCGUUAUGGGCGCGCCGUUGAUUGUUAGUGCCUUUAUCCCGGGGUUGGAGGGGGAGGUGCUUGAGGUUUUGAGGAAUGAGCGGUUGAUUCAGGUGGAUCAGGAUGUGUUGGGGCUGCAGGCGACGCUGGCGGUUAGGGCGGUGGGGGAGGGGGUGGACGUGUUGACGCGGUCGUUGGGGAAUGGGGACCGCGUGGUUGCGGUGCUGAAUCGGGGGAAUGGGACGGUGGAUUUUGGGGUGACUGUGGAGAGGUUGGGGUUGCAGGCGGAUUGUGAGUAUGAGGCAGAGGAGCUGUGGGACGGGGGGGUGGUGAGGGUGGAGGGGAGUUUGUCGGUGCAGGGGUUGCAGGCGCAUGCGACGGGGGUCUGGAGGGUUAGGGUUCCGGCUGGCUGUGGGGUGGUCCCCACGGGAAUCGUGUUGAAUACCGCGUCCGGGCGGUGUUUGACGGCCAGGGAGGGGGAGAGAGUCGGGUCUGAGACGUGCGAGGCGCUGGAUGCGCAGGUCUGGCAGAUUACUGCACAGGGCGCGCUGCGGCCGCUGUCGAGUACGGCGCUGUGCUUGACGGCGGCGUCGGGGGAGGUGAGCUUGCAGGCUUGCAAGGGAGGUGCGGAGCAGAAGUGGGAGUAUGCGAUUUCCGGGAAUCUGAGGAAUGCGAAGACCGGGGAGUGUCUCACAGAGGGAGACGCACUGGUGGGCGCUUGUUUAGUGGAGGCGGAUAGUCAGGUCUUUGGGUUACCGAGUGGUGUUGCUCUGGUUUGAUUGAUAGACUGCAUGGCUUGGGGUGAAGGCUAGAAAGAACAGGUUGAAUAUAUAUGCUAUGAGGUUGACGAUACAUGUGCGAGUGGCUCGUGCGCUUCAUAUUCACUGUCAAAUUGCG